GGGAGAACCUCCUGACUCCCGCUCCUCGUCCUCCUGCUCUCUUCCCGUCACUCCUCGGAUUCCUUGCCGUCCGCGGUCGCUCUCAGCCCGCAGGAAGACGCCGUCAUGACGGACGCAGCAGCCCGGGAGCCCCCGCCCGAACACACCGACUUCCAUGAGAUGGAGGACGGGGAGGACCUGUUCCUGGAGCCGAGCCCCACUCUGGAGGAGUCUCUGCCAGCCAGCCUUCCUGCUGUGGACAUCAGCACCAAGUCAAACGGACCCAAACAGGACUCUCUGUUUGACGACGACACCGAGGAUCUGUUCGCAGAGGCCACAGAGGAGGUGUCGUUGGACAGUCCUGAGAGAGACGUCCUGCUGUCUGACGGCCCGUCCCCCGCCAUCACCCCCAUCACUCCUCCCAUCUCCGUCAUCACGCCUCGCAUCGGCCACGCCCACGACGACAUGUUCACACACUCCUCGUUUGAUGAGAUCGAGGAGGAGGAAGCGGGCAACUCCUUGGACAUUCACAUAUCCGUGUCCGACCCGGAGAAAGUGGGUGACGGGAUGAACGCGUACAUGGCCUACAAAGUGACGACGAAGACCUCCAUGUCUCUGUUCAGGCAGAAGGAUUUCUCCGUUAAAAGGCGUUUCAGUGAUUUUCUGGGUCUGCACAGCAAACUGGCCUCCAAGUACCUGCACGUCGGCUACAUCGUCCCCCCUGCUCCGGAGAAAAGCAUUGUGGGCAUGACGAAGGUGAAGGUGGGGAAGGAGGACCAGUCGUCGAACGAGUUCGUGGAGAAGAGGAGGUCCGCUCUGGAGAGGUAUCUGAUGAGGACGGUGAAGCAUCCCAUCCUGCUGAAGGACCCGGACGUCCUUCAGUUCCUGGAGAGCUCAGAGCUUCCACGCGCCGUCAACACUCAGGCUCUGAGCAGCGCUGGGAUCCUGAGGAUGGUCAACAAAGCUGCGGACGCCGUCAACAAGAUGACCAUCAAGAUGAACGAGUCGGACGCCUGGUUCGAGGAGAAGCAGCAGCACUUUGAGAAUCUUGACGUUCAACUGAGGAAACUUCACGCCAGCGUGGAGUCUCUGGUCUGUCACAGGAAAGAGCUGUCGGUGAACACGGCUCAGUUCGCCAAGUCGGCGGCCAUGUUGGGGAACAGCGAGGACCACACGGCUCUGUCCCGAGCUCUGUCCCAGCUGGCCGAGGUGGAGGAGAAGAUCGACCAGUUGCACCAGGACCAGGCCAACGCCGACUUCUACCUCUUCUCUGAGCUACUGGGAGACUACGUCCGGCUCAUCACCGCCGUCAAGGGCGUGUUUGACCACAGGAUGAAGACGUGGCAGAAGUGGCAGGACACUCAGAUGUUGCUGCAGAAGAAAAGAGAAGCCGAAGCCAAACUUCAGCUCACCAACAAGCCGGACAAGCUGCAGCAGGCCAAAGACGAGAUCAGAGAGCUGGAGGGAAAAGUCCAACAGGGCGAAAGAGACUUUGAGCAAAUCUCCAAAACCAUCCGGAAAGAAGUCGGCCGCUUCGAGAAAGAGAGAGUGAAGGAUUUUAAAAGCAUCAUCAUUAAAUACCUGGAGUCCCUGGUUCAAACGCAGCAGCAGCUCAUUAAAUACUGGGACGCCUUCUUACCUGAAGCCAAGGCCAUCUCGUAAACAGACAGCCCCCAUCAGACUACAUUACCCACGAUGCACCUCCCCUCUCCCUGCUCCGGAACCAGAUCAGCACGACUCAACGGAGUGCGACAGAAAAUCAGCUCCAUGUUUCUCUGCAGGUUUAAAACAAAGUUGAUGAUUUUUGUUUAGUGUCGCAGCUGAACUCUGCUCAGCUUCCAAACGACCGGAAAAACGUUCGUAAAGUCCGAUGAAAUAAAUAAAUCACAAAUCUGAGGUCGGUGACGACUUGAAGCGCUGCUGAGAGUUUGAUCAGUUUAUUCCAACAAACGUACAGAACCAACUAUUUGAACUUUAGUAUUUAGGGAUAAUUCCUAAACUUGUCAAAGUUCAGGGGAAAGAAAUGGCUCCUGGGAGAGUUCUUGUCGUUAAAAGUGGGGAAAUAAAACCGUUUUUAAAAAUAAACCCAACAAGCCGACUCCGAAGGAUUCUG